GGGAGUUGUAGUACGCAGCGUCGUCAUGGCCGCCGCCCGCCAGGAAUCUUGAAAGCAACAUCUUGUAUCUUAUCUGUUGCUUUCACUUUUCAGAUGGCUGACGUGGAAGUGGACAAUGCCCGUCAAGAAAAUUUGAAACUCAGUAAAAUGAAGAAGAAAGUAUUGAGGAAACAAAUAAAGGCUCAACAUACCUUAAUGCGACAUGAGGGCAUUGAAUGCAUUUCCCACACCACUCAGAACCUGGUCAUUGCCAAUGGAGGUCUGGGUAAUGGAGUGAGUAGACACCAACUACUCAGGCUAGUAGAGGAAUGUGGAUUGGUGGAAGCACUCUUAAUGCCUCCAAACAAACCCUAUUCAUUUGUGAAAUACGGAACGACAGAAGAAGCCAAGAAAGCCUGCAAUACUCUCAAUGGAAAAGAGCUAAUACUGGAGGACACCAGCCACACUGUUAUUUUAUAUGUUAACUUUGUGAGAAAAGUGCACUGGGAGGAUAUUAUGCCUACAAAUUUGCCUCCAGGUCUGAAGGUGGUUGAUGAGCUCAUUUCUCCUGAGGAAGAAAGAACGAUGUUGGAGAGUAUCGAUUGGACAGGAGAUGAAGUCAUUCAAAAUGCACAAAAGUCUUUAAAACACAGAAGAGUAAAGCAUUUUGGCUAUGAGUUUCGAUAUGAUCACAACAAUGUGGAUAAAGAUAAACCACUGCCUGCAGGUAUUCCUGAAAUUUGCAAUAUGCUCCUGGAGAAGUGCUUGAGAAAAGGAUAUAUCAAACAUAAACCUGAUCAAUUGACAGUAAACCAGUAUGAACCUGGACAAGGAAUUCCUCCUCAUAUUGACACGCAUUCUGCUUUUGAGGAUGAAAUUCUCUCUCUCAGUUUAGGUGCUGAGAUAGUGAUGGAUUUUAAGCACCCAGAUGGCUGUACAGUUGCGGUUAUGCUGCCUCGUCGUAGUUUGUUGGUGAUGGCUGGAGAAUCCAGAUACCUAUGGAGUCACGGGAUCACCCCUAGAAAGUUUGAUAUCGUUCAGGCCUCCGAGGGACAAAAAGUUGGAACAAUCAUUGCUGAUGCUGGAGAUUUAACAUUGAACAAGAGGGGAACGAGGACAUCGUUUACUUUUAGGAAAGUGAGAAGAAGCCCCUGCAACUGCACUUACCCUUCUGUAUGCGACAGCCAACAAGACCAGCAAAAAGAGAGAACGCCCACGUUCGUUGGCAAUGAAACAGCGGCUGCAAAGCUGGAACAAGAGUAUGUCCACAAAGUCUACGAAGAGAUCGCAGCCCACUUCAGCAGCACCAGACAUAGCCCGUGGCCCAAAAUUGUAGAGUUUCUUAGGGCUUUACCAGAAGGGUCUAUAGUGGCUGAUGUUGGUUGUGGGAAUGGGAAAUACUUGGGUAUCAACAAGGGUCUGCACAUGGUUGGCUGUGAUCGUAGCAAAAACCUUGUGGACAUUUGCGGAGAAAAAGAAUGCGAGGCUUUUGUCUGUGAUGCCUUGUCUGUGCCAAUUCGAAGUGGUUCUUGUGAUGCCUGCAUUUCCAUUGCUGUAAUCCACCAUUUUUCAACAGCAGAAAGAAGACUAGCUAGUCUUCAUGAAUUAGCCCGGCUUCUAAGGCCUGGUGGAAAGGCACUCAUUUAUGUCUGGGCAAUGGAACAAGAAUACAACAACCAGAAGUCUAAGUAUCUUAAAGAAAAGAAAGCUAAGAAAGGGAAGGAGGAGGAAAUUGAUACUGGUGUUGCCCAGGGACCAGUCGGUGAUCAAACACCUGACAACAGCACCCAAGACUUGACAGUCUCUGAUGGAGUCCUUAAUGAUUCUGAGGACAAAGGCUGCAUUGCAAAGCAGGUCAUUAACUCCAGUUUGCCUGUUCACACUAACAGGACUUCCUUUCAUUCACAAGACUUACUUGUUCCCUGGCACCUCAAAGGUGGCACUAAAAAGAAAGGAGAAAGUAUCACAACUCUGCAGCUCCCAGCUGGCUCUAACAAAUUGCAAGAACUCAGUCCUGUUUUCCACCGCUAUUAUCACGUGUUCUGUGAAGGAGAACUUGAAGCAGCCUGCAAAACCCUGGAUGGUAUAAGAAUUCAAAGGAGUUACUAUGAUCAGGGAAACUGGUGUGUGGUUCUUGAAAGGCAGUAACCAAUCAUACUUCCUGCUGUCCAUUUUGAAUAGACACCUGGGACAGUGUCCUCCAACACUCUUUUAAAUUAUACAAAUAAACUGUUAUUUUAAGGCAUUA